AUGUCAGGAGUGCAUAAAAAAGGUCAACCUAUACGUAAAAAUCCAGAAAAACGAUCAUCAAGACCAACAAUUCGAUUGAUUGAUGAAACUGGUGUGGAUUUAACCCCUCUACCAUUAUUGAAUGAAGAGAAAAGAAUUCGUGAAGAGAAGGAUAUUGUGAGUACAGAAAUUUCACAAGCAUCAAAUUAUAGUGGAAGCAGUUUGCAUAUUACAAAUCCAUUCACUUUUACACGAUCAUAUGUCAGUGGGUCAAGUCCAACUGGUGAAUCACAUUCUGAGGGUAGUGAAGAAGCUGAUCGUUAUCGAGCAUAUACAGAGGUCAAAACACUCAUUCAAUCACAGCAGGAAAUUCUAACCGAAGCUGAUUUAAACAAAUUGGUUGAUGUUGUGAUUAUCGAAACUGAGACGUUUUGGAUAUUUGAUCAACCACCGACGUAUGUCUCACAAGAAUCAAGUGAAGCAAAGGAUCAAAUAAGGCGAAAUGAAGCUUAUAAAGCAUUAGUUGCAUCCAAAAUCGGUAAUGAUCGAUAUACCGAGCUUGGAAUGAACACUUUUAAUCCACCGUCAAUCUCUAAGCUGGUGCAAACUGAACGUAUUGGGAUACAGGAGAAAUCGACUAUGGCGACUAACUGGGAUAUGGCAGAUACUUAUGAAGAAGAGAAGAAAAAACUACUUGAAGGUGAACAUGAAAUGAACUCACAUCACGUAAACGUAAAAGCUGGUGCACAUAAGACUAAGCUUGACGAAAAUAACACAGCUCAUCAAAUUAUAAAAAGAGAACAACUACAAGCUGAUGAUGGUGGACCACUGGAAGAUAUUUAUGCAACCGGUGGAGAUACAGCUGUCAGUAAUCCCGAAACUAGUCUGGAGGUUGAAUCAUCUCAGUUGGGUCAAUCAGCAACAACAACAACAACAAAAAACACAAUGGGUUCCAAUUCCGAAUCAGAUAUAAUGGGUUUUCGUGACAGCAGUAUUUCUCACCUAAGUCAAAUGACAAACGUGUUAGGACUACUUGAGACACCAAAAAUGAAGAAGGACCUAAAUCACAUGGAACGAGCAUUGAAUCUCAACACAUAUUACGAUAAAUUAUUAAAAUAUCAAAGUUUAGUCUUAAGUAGAUAUCUAACACAAGCCUGUUUAGAUCAGGCCGAUACAGACCCAUCUAGUACUGUGGGACGAACUCCAGGAGUUAGUGUCCCCCCUACAUUGGAUGACAAUUCAGCUGAACAUGCCAUAUUUGUGUCAAAAGCUCCGGGUGCUUCUAAUGUUCCUGCUGUAACCUCAGCAAGAAGUCUGGGUAGUGUCAACCCAACUAUUGCCGGCUCUCAAGGUGCUUCCUCAGUGAGAACAAAUGAAGUUGCUAAAAUGGAAGACGCUAAUCUAGAAAAUCCUCAUACUGUCCCACUUUGGCGUUUCCAUUGCCCAUUGACAAAGGGUCAUAAUGUAUCAGAUAUGGCAUGGAAUAAACAAAAUCCGAAUAUUGUUGCUGUUGGCUAUGGACAAUUUGAAUAUGAUAAUCAACGUAAAGGAUUAGUAUGUUGUUGGUCAUUGAAAUUUAUUGAGUACCCUGAAAGGUAUUAUGAAACACCAAGUAGCGUAACUGCCGUUGGCUGGUCGAAAAUCCAUGCCAAUUUGUUAGCUAAAGUUUAUGUGAAUAGUAUAAGUCAAGCUAACCAAUAUAGAUUGAUAGAAAGUUUAUCAGAUGAAAAUUUUUAUCCUGUAACCCCUCUCACAUUUUCAAAUUCCCAAAUGAAUUAUAUUAAUGGAAUCUGUGCUUUGUUAUGCAAAAACCCUAGCCUGGAAUAGUUAUACUCAAGAUUUACUGGACUAAUGGAAAUAUAAGCGCACUGAAAGAAGAAAUCUUGGAUAGUCAGCCAACAAUAUAUCACUGACGUGUGAAGUUCGAGUGGUACACUGGAUCUCCUAAAAUUUUGAGUUGGUAUCUAGAAGACAGCUAUGAAUAACUUAUAACUAUAAACAUUUUUUGCAAUUUG